AUUCAAGCAGCUGCAGAAGACCUCUUUGUCUUUUCCUAAAGAUAAUUCAGAUAACCAGAAUGCACACCCGGAGGAAGAGCUGUGGCCUGUAUAUAUGGAAUUAACCAAUGGGAAGAUAUAUGGCUGUGAUUUCAUUGUCAGUGCAACUGGAGUUGUGCCAAAUGUUAAGCCAUUUCUUGAUGGUGAAGAUGGCGGUCUGAAAGUGGAUAAACAUAUGCACUCUUCAGUAGCAGAUAUCUAUGCAGCAGGGGAUAUCUGCACUGCAUCGUGGGAACCUAGUCCAGUGUGGCAGCAGAUGAGGCUUUGGACCCAAGCUAGGCAAAUGGGAUGGUAUGCAGCAAAGUGCAUGGUAGCAGAUUCUUUAGGGGAAUGUAUUGACAUGGACUUCAGUUUUGAACUCUUUGCUCAUGUUACAAAAUUUUUCAAUUAUAAGGUGGUGCUUUUGGGAAAGUACAAUGCUCAGGGUUUGGAUUUAGACUGUGAACUAAUGUUGAGGUGUACCAAAGGGCAAGAAUAUGUCAAAGUGGUGAUGCAGAAUGGACGAAUGAUGGGAGCUGUAUUGAUUGGUGAAACAGAUUUAGAAGAAACCUUUGAAAACUUGAUUUUAAAUCAGAUGGACCUUUCAGCAUAUGGGGAAGAUCUCCUAAAUCCAAAUGUUGACAUAGAGGAUUAUUUUGACUGAAACAAAAACAUUGCUUUCCAUGAUUUUAUUUAGAGUUUGAACUUUCAGUGCUGUGGUUUAUAUAACAGUUUACUCAGAAUUUACAGAGUAAAUUAACCAAGUAACCAGGUGUAAUUACAAUUCUGGAGUGAAGAUAUAGUGCUGGUGCUGCCAGGCAGUUGGGUGGUGGGAGAUACGUGCUGAAAUGGAGCAGCACAAAAAAUUCUUUGGCAUAUAGGGCAAAGUGUACAUAAGUCUAUGAUAAAUCAGAUUGGGAGUCAUUGUUCCUUUUUUAAAACAGGAAUUUUUCACAUUUUAGUAAUAUAGUACUUGAAAACCUUGAACUGUGGCAACCAGAUUGGAAUUCUAUAUUGUUUAACAACUGGCUUGUCCUUCCUUGUCAUUUUUAACCUAGUGUGUUGGGAGUACUGCACUGGUUUGUCCUAGAAGUGCCGCCUAGCAAUUUGGGGCUGGUAGAGCACAAAGGCACUUAAAGAAAGGGGUAGCGGUCACACUGCAUUUUCAGUAUCACCGGCAGGAAGACUUGCAUUAACAGGAUCCCCUGGAGGAGCCUUACUCUUGGAAACUGCCACAUCAUGUCAGUUUGGGCAUUAUACAGAUUUUCAUCAGGCCAUUCCCAAAGGGGAAGUCCAGGGCACGCACCAAGUUCUUUGUGGCCCCUUGUGUCCAAAUGUGUGUGCAAGCUCAUCCUAAGUAACUGACCCUGGCAUUUAAAAAAGACACUUUUAAAACGGGCUCAUUUUUGCUAUGACUUUUUUGCUCCCUCAGACUUAUUUGCACUUUGUUUCCAGGGAGGAGUUUGUGGAGGUAUUAAAGCCUAAAACUUGUAUUGUGGCAAGUGCCAAUGGAAUAUUUAAUUUUGAGCUGCAAAAUAAUUUUUUUUUAUUUCUGCCACUAAAAUAAAUUUACAAUAAUAAUCUAGCACCUAGUAUGUUGGAAGUUAUAUAAGUGGCAUGUUAUAAAUGGUGAUGGUACAAACCAAUUCAAAUCUCAAGCAUUUCCUGCAGAUAGCUUUCAGUAUCUGUUAACCCUUGAAAAUAAGUGCUCAAAGGAGCCAAAAACUUUAAAGCCAUUCCUAAAUAUCUUCUCUGUAUUCUAUAGUGCAAGCUACAGCAAUGAGAUAUUUUAAUAUAAAAGAGCCAAGUAUUAAUUUCCAAAGCAAUAUUUUUUUCUUUUUAAAAUUACACUAACAGUACAGUGCACGCCACUGAAUCAGGAUGGCCAUUUUCAUCGAAACUUCUUCCAGAAAAUCCCUUUAGCCUAAUUAUGUAGUAUUCAUUGCUGUUCAUAAACAAGCAGGAGUGAAUUAAUUCCACUUUAAAGGGAAGCUUUCAGUUAAGUGGUGUUUAAUCCUUUAGGAAAUUUUAAGCUUUAGUCUUAACACACACUGAAAUUACUACAAGAAACAAUAAAGAUCAAUCAAAACAAGUAGUUUUUAUGCAGUACAAAACGAUUUUGGUAUCUGUGGAUAUUGCUGAAAAAAAAAAGUCUUAAAUGUAACAGUCUAAUUUUCCAUUUAUUGUCAAAACUAUACUAGGGCUCAGAGCCAAAAAUAUUGAAACAAGGAAGUUCAGCAUUAUUACAGACUCUCCAUCACUGACACCUGCUGUUCAGAGAAAGGGGGGGAAGGGAAGCAUGACUGUAAGAGAUAAGGAUGAAACUUUACCUUUUCUGUGAGGAACUUGGCUUAUUUAUCAUGAAGCACUAGCCUACAAGCAUAUCAGCUGUGACCACCCUCCCUGGCCCCAGCCAAAUCAGCAGCAGAUAAAUGGUGUUUUAACCACCUGGAAAAGCUGUUAGAUAAAUGCAGCAUGUAAGAAUUUUGAAAAUUUGAGAACUAACCUUACAGGUGCCUAAAUAUAGCUUUAUUGUAGGUACUUGGUUUUUUUUUUUUUUUUUUUUUUAAAUCUUGACAAAUGCAUAUUUAUGUAGGUGAUUUACCAGAGCAUCAUGUCUGCACCUAUUAAAUCUACAUUUAAGGAUGUGAA